ACUGUCUGUCUGUACAGCCGUUUCAUCAUCAACGUCCCUGAAGAGGAGAGAGUUGAUCUGAUUCGACUGUGUUUCCAGAUAGAACUUGCACAUUGGUUUUACCUGGAUUUUUAUUGUGAAGAGAACCCAAAGCUUCCAAAGUGUACUGUCAAAGAAUUCAUUAAUAUCAUAUUCAGGCAUAUUCCUUUUCUUCAAAAAUAUUGCCAAGAUAUAGAUGCUGUCAUUGCUGACUGGAGGGAAUAUAAAUCUGCUGUACCAACAUAUGGAGCAAUAUUAUUAGAUCAAAACUUGGAUAAUGUUUUGCUGGUUCAAAGCUAUUACUCUAAAGCCAGCUGGGGAUUUCCCAAAGGCAAAGUAAAUGAAGAUGAGAAGCCCUAUCAUUGUGCUAUACGGGAGGUUUUUGAAGAGACUGGGUUCGAUAUUACUGAUUACAUUAAAAACGAAGAAUUUUUAGAGCAUUACUUUAAUGAACAGCUGAUAAGACUUUAUAUAAUUACUGGAAUUCCUCUUGAUGCCAAGUUCCACCCCAGGACAAGGAAAGAAAUUAAAGCAUGUGAAUGGUUCCCUGUCAAUCAUCUGCCCACUGGAAAAAGAGAUGAAGCAUCCAAGACAAAAUUGGGUCCUAAUAACUUCUUCAUGGUUAUCCCAUUUGUUAAACAACUACAAAAGUGGAUUGCUUCAUACAAAGAGAAGGAAUCUCUGAGUGAUGUUGAAAAAGAUAGCAAAAUGGAUAAACAAUUCAUAAAGCAACAGCGUUUGUUUUCACAAUUAACGAAAAAAGAUCUUGCAACAUAUAUUAAAGGUGAUGCUUUUUCUGACAAGGGAAAUCGUUCGGAUUCAUCAAAUUAUUCACCACCUCCUAGAAUGCUACGGCAAAAAAACUUAAAACAUAGCGAGAAGAAAAAAGUGUCAGGCUCUAAUCAUCCUAUGGGGAAAAAUGCUGUUUCCAAAAAUGAGUUGAAGUUUGAAGGUAUAUAA